CAUGUGCAUUGUCAUUCCUAAAGAGCUACAAGAGGGUGGAUAUUAUUUGGGGUAUGGAGUCGAUUGAUUGAACAUCAAUUAUACUAGUAAAAUAUUAUGAUGGUAAUUUCUACGGUACACUAUGACAGAAAUUAGGUAAUGUUACAUUAAAAAAAAUGUUAUGUGCGUUCUUGAGAGAAAAUAAAACUUCGUAGAUAGAGUAACUAUGAUUAGUAAGAAGUCAUUUUCCGCUACGCAACAGGUGGGAAGAAAGAAGACAGCGGGACGGGUCAAUCUUCUUUCACACAGCUUCAUCUCUAAAGAGAGGGGGAAAAAUUCUAACAAUGGCCGUCUCCUUUACUUGACAUGUAAAACACCUUCCCCUGAACUUCACACCUCUCCCUUCACCUUCAGUAUUAAUGAACUUCUAAUCACCAGAGAAAGACAAGCGCAAUCAAGGGCAAGAGUAGGAGGAAAAGGGAAGGAAACCCUUCAUUGUCAGCCCUUUUUAUUUGGUACCUACCUCCCGCCCGCUGAUCUGCCGGCCAGGGCUGACCUCUGCCACCGUAAUUUCAUCGCAGCCUCCGCAAAACCCAGUUGGGUGCCUGCUUUCCUAAGGUCAGUUAUUUACUUUCUUUCUAUCCUUCGUCGCUUAUCAUUAAAGAUGUUUCCUUUGGAUGGUUUGAAAGCCUGUAUGUGGGUUUUCGCGGGACUGGAUGAUGAUGGGUUGAAAUUGUGUUUCUUUUUUAAUGGGUGAUUUUGGAGGAAUUUUCUUCGUAGCUCGGUUCAUAAGCUAGUCAACCCUUGUGGCGUUGUAGUUUAGGAAGGAGUUCGAGUUUCUCAUGGGACCCUCUUCGCUGCAAUCUUUCUCUUUGGAGCGAUGAUGAGCUUUUUGCGAUUGUGGGCUCAGCCAAUAUCUGUUUUUGGAUACUUCUGGAUUUUGGUUGUCAAUUGUAAUGGCGAGCAGUACAUGCGCGACGGAAAUGGAUCAUAUAAGUUCCUAAGCUGAUGCAUUUUUUCUGUUCAUGAACUGCUGAUGAUGUUUAAAGAAGUUGCCAAAAGAAACGAUUCCGCAGCUUCCCAAUCUAUCAACCCGCAGCAUUGUAUUAGUUCUAAUGUGCCCAUAAUCAGAUGGGGAAGUGACCGGAAGGGUGGUUUUUACAUACUUUGUUCGAGUUCGCUGAGUUGGAUGGAGAAACUUCCCCAUGAUUUCUUCAGCAACAUUCAAUUCCUAUGUACUCCCCUUGCUACCAUUCACGUUGAUCAUCUUGAAUACUCUAUUAAGUGCCAGUAACUGACUGUAUGAUGGUAUGAUCCUUGUCGCUGCAUCGAGGGUUUAGAGAUUGAAGACUGACUCGCUCCUCUUUUGGCAGAUUCUUUUUGUGGGUUUCAUGCUGGCUGAAGGAAGCUCGUCUGUACCUCUCAUGGAUAGAAAUGCAAGCUUUGAAGAGAGGGAAAGUUUAAGGAAAGGACUUGAGUUGGUGAAACCUGCCACGGAUAAACAUAUGGAUCUUCUGAGACCGGCAGCUAGAAACCUUUCAGUAUUUAGAGGGCAACCGUCGCCACCUCGUGGAUUGGAGCAGGAAAAGGGAAAGUACUCGCUGAUCAGAGAUCCUGAGGAUUUCCUAGCAGGGGGUGCAUUCGAUAAGCCCCUACCUUGCUUUGGUUGUGGAAUAGGGUGGUUUUCCUUUCUUUCUGGGUUUUUGUUCCCACUCAUGUGGUACUAUGCCACAAUCCUUUACUUCGGAAACUACUACCGCAAAGAUCCCAGGGAAAGAGCAGGCCUUGCUGCAGCAGCAAUCGCUGCAAUGGGUUGCUCUGUUGUAUUGGUGCUCAUACUAGCUUAUUGUCUCUUGUUUUGAUCAUUCGAGAAUUGAGAUCACUCCAGGGCAAAAUUAAAUGUGCAAGAGAAAUGCAUCAAUUAGUUGGUGGAUUAUUGGAAGACGGCUGUGUUAUAUAGUGUCUAGUUCAUACAUAGACUUCAAUUGUAAAGUAUCGAUUUCACCACAGAAGUUUGUUAUUUCGCGCCAGGCAAAUUGUUAUUUCAACGGGGUUGAAUCUUUUGUAAGAUUUCGAUUGGAAAUGAGAAUGAAGUCAUGAUGAAUAAAGCUAUAAGAUUCGAGUAGCAAACCAGAAGUCCUGAGAUUCAUCGUAAGACAUCACAUUCUUAAAAAAAAAAAAAAUGAAGAUAUAGAAUCUGA